AGGAAGUGACGUCACUGCGUGGUUUCCGUUGCUACAUGUAAACAAAGCGCAGUUAGCUGCGGCUACCCCGGUGACGAGAACUGGGCAGUAAUCAGAACCAAGCCGAAUCAGUGGAUCCGGACCGGGACGUCUUAGGGAUGGAGUGAACCAGAACCGACACCAUGUCCAUGGAAGAUCCGUUCUUCGUCGUUAAAGGGGAAGUGGAGAAGGCGGUCCACGCUGCCCAGAGUCUCCAUCGCCGCUGGGUGGAGCUGCAGCCGGAAGUGGGCGGAGCCUCCAGGGAGGAAGCGGAUUGGACGACCAAUGAGCUGCGGAACGGCCUGCGGUCCAUCGAGUGGGACCUGGAGGACCUGGACGAGACCAUCAGCAUCGUGGAGUCCAACCCCAGGAAGUUCCACCUGGAUGCCGCCGAACUGACGAAGAGGAAGGCCUUCAUCACCGGCACCCGCCGCACCGUCCAGGACAUGAAAGAACAGAUGUUGGGUCUAGCAGCUGGUUCUGGUUCUGCUGACAGACACGGCAAACAGGUUCUGCUGGGAGGUGCCCGGGAUCCCAUCUGGCAGCCUGGUACCGAUCGGUUCGGCCUGCCGGACCGCCGGCCGCAGAGCGCCAACUCUGAGUUCAUCGGCGAGCAGCAGACACAGCAGCAGCUGAUCGCGGAGCAGCAGGACGAGCAACUGGAGCGGGUUUCCGGAACCAUUGGGGUUCUGAAGAACAUGUCGGAGCGGAUCGGCCUGGAGCUGGACGAGCAGGCCGGGAUGCUGGACGACUUUGGACAUGAGAUGGACAGCACUCAGUCCCGCCUGGACAACGUCAUGAAGAAACUAGCUAAAGUCUCACACAUGAACAGCGAUCGCCGCCAGUGGUGUGCGAUUGGAGUGUUGCUGCUGAUCCUGCUGGUCGUCAUCAUCCUCUUCUUCAUCCUCUGACUGAAGCAUCACAUCGACCCAAACCGCUGAUCCCAGCCCUCUGGACCUGGUCCGGUCCAACAUUUUUCACAUGUUGAACUUUAUUUCAGAGAAAAAAAAAGUCUGUUCAGUUUGUUUUUGUUUUUUUAUUUAAUAUUCUGAAAGUACCUAGCAUAACUCUAAAACCAACUAGUUUAACCAGUCUAACCAGUUCUUGUCCAACACGGACUUGAUGACUCAGCAGAACCUGGGUCCAUUCUGUUCACUCAGAACCACUUUGACCCGUUUGAGUUUCAAUCUGAUUGGCUCCUGACUGCAGCAGGAGAAACAUGGCCGGGUUCUGGAGGUUCUGGAUAGGAGUGCGCCGAUUGCAGUUUUCUGACCGAUGGCCGAUAAUCGAUCUUUAAAAAGCCUGAGCUGCCGAUUCCGACUUUCUUUGUCUGAAAUGUCGAUAAAUAAAAUUAAUUAUUUAUUUGGGUAACAGUAGCUAUUGUUACUGCAGACAUGCAGACAGGACCAUGUGGGCGGAGCUAGCCUGGUGGGCGGGGCUAACAAUCUAACCUCAGCAGAGGACAGUGGCUGAUUUUUAGAGCUUUGUUGAUGUAGAUCAGAUCGUCCGAUCACUGAUCUCCCAAAACGAAGGAAAUCUGCACCAGUGAAUCGGCUGGCCGAUAAAU